AUCAGGGGAGAUUAGUGCAGACAUGAGUGCCCUGGCCAUAGCCCCAUCGGCGUGCAUUCCUCGCGGCAGCACCGCGCCGAGUAGGCGCCCUGCCGCCGCCGCUGCCGUCCGUCUUUCGGCGUUCCGCCCCGUGCGCCCCGCUCGUGGCCCGCUGCGCGUGCGCUCCCAGGCGGCAGCCACCGCCACUGUGGACGUCAAGGAGCUGAACGCCAAGUAUGGCAAGGGCAGCGCUGUGGAGGUGAAGGAGGGGCGUGGCGGCCUGCCCACGGUGUUCCUCAAGUCGGCUGCGGGCGCCACUGCUGAGAUCGCCUUGUUUGGCGGCUGUGUGACCUCCUGGAAGACGGCUGCUGGCCAGGAGGUGCUCUACAUCCGUCCCGAUGCUGUGUUCGACAAGAGCAAGCCAAUCUCGGGCGGCAUCCCGCACUGCUUCCCGCAGUUUGGCCCCGGCGCCAUGCAGGUCCACGGCUUUGCCCGCAACGCCGACUGGGCUGUGGGCGGCGCUUCUGGCGACGCCGCUAAGCCCGCCGUCACCCUGGUGCUCAAGGACAGCGACUACACUCGCGCCAUGUGGCCCCACGCCUUCAAGGCUGAGUACACUGUGGUGCUGGAUGGCGAGGUGCUGCGCACCCGCCUGGCCGUGACCAACACAGACGACAAGCCGCUGGAGUUCACCGCCUCCCUGCACAGCUACUUUGGCGUGGCCGACGUGGAGACGGCCAACGUGCGGGGCCUGCAGGGCCUGGAAUACCUGGACAGGGUGCGCGACUCCACCCACCCCAGUGUGCACCAGGAGCUGCGCGAGCUGGCCACCUUCCGCGGCCCAGUGGACGCCGUGUACAAGGCCGCCCCCGCCAAGGUCCUGCUCGACAACGGCUCGGGUGACGUGUCCAUCGCCAGCGUGAACUGGCCCGAGGUGGUGGUGUGGACGCCCUGGACGGCCAUGGAGGCCUGCUACAAGGAGUUUGUGUGCGUGGAGAAUGCGCUGGCCACGUCCCCCGCCAAGCUGGCGCCCGGCGCCGAGUGGGUUGCCACUACCGCCAUGGCCUUCUCCCGCGACCCGCUGGACGAGUUCUGCGCCUCCAACCCCGAGGACCUCGAGUGCCUGGUGUACGACGACUGAGGCGUGAAGCCGGGCUGCUGGGCGCCGGCCUGGCCGUCGCCCGGCGCCACCAUGCCGCCGCUGGUGGGCCACCACGACUGAGGGCCGCGCUGGCGGCGUCCGGGGCGCGCGCUUAUUGCCGGCGUCCGGGGCCUGCGGCUAUGUAGCCCCUCUCGGGCACCCAAACGAAACCCAGAACAAUUCUUUGGAGAUGGAGACGGCUGUGGCGCGCGGCGCCAGUCGUGGGCAGCGCAGCCAUUGUGCGCAUCUCAUCUCAACUGCGGCUUCUUUUUGUGAGUUUGUGAGUACUAGUAAUUUCCGGGCCGUGUAAACGCACGCAUUUC